GCUAAAAGACGAUCAUGGUUGCAGGCGGUCGAAUGGUUUUAUCCCCGCCCCGAUCAUAACCUUCCCGGCGGAACCGUUUCCGAUAUCCCGACUGCUUCUCCUCCCUCUCCCCCGGUGAAUCAAUCGAUCGCAGCUGUUAGAAGCUGAACUUCAUCUGAACCCCGCUUGCCGGCAGUAACCAAUUUGCAUCUUGCCUUGAUGAUCCAUACGGCCACUACCAAGCAGUCCGAAUGGAUGAGUAACUUGAUCCAAAUGCAGGCGGCUCACAUGGAACAGAUGGAACAGAUAAUGAGUCGGCCCAUUAAGCCUAACCCGGCUCCUGCCCGACCUGCCCCUUCAUCAUUUCCGCUCUUACUUGUUCCGCCUGCUCCAGGAUUCGCCCCUCUGUAUCCCCAUCUAGCUAAUCCGGCAGGAAAGAUCGAGUGUUUCAACUGCAAACAGCCCAGGCAUUUUGCCCAAGACUGUCCGCAGCCGAAACGUCAUCAAGCUCCUCCUGCUGCGGCCCCUGUCGCCCUUAAUCAAGGACGACUGGCCGCUGUGAUGGACACGGACCAGGGAGAAGAGCUCGUAGCGUAUGCUCCAGAACAGCCUUCCUCUUUGGUGAUAAUAGCGUCGACCUUAGGAGCUUCUUCCUCUGACGCUGCUGACGUGGUCGAUCCCCUUGAGUAUCUUCACCUUGCCGGAAUGAUCGGAGCGAUCCGAUCGGCCCAAGAUGAUCUCGAAUGGGUCGAUCGCGAGUCCAAUCCUGGACCGCAGUUUCGGACAGGAGAUAUUGAUGAUUACUCGGGCUUGCUCGGGCGAUGGGCAACGGUGCUGCAGAGCAUGGACUUUGACAUUCGUCAUCGAAAGCACAAGAGACACGAAAAUGCGGACGGACUGACACAGCUGCACAGGCGUGAGAAGGUUCCAAAAGGUGAGGAGGUAAUUCUGUGGAACGAACCCGAACAGGAGAUCGGACCUCUGUUCUUUGACAUUCGUCAUCGAAAGCACAAGAGACACGAAAAUGCGGAUGGACUGACACAGCUGCACAGGCGUGAGAAGGUUCCAAAAGUCCCUCUUAUCAAUCUUGGACAUUGGCGAUUGUGGCGCGAAACUUUUGAGGAGUUGUCCUUUUGCUUGGCUAGAGUACAGGUGACGUGGACGGGCACUAGUGAGCAUCCCACGUGGAUCGAGAAUCCGGAGCUGCUGAUCAUACAGGCUUGGAGGACUAACGUGGAAGGAGAUCUUCUUGGCUUUCUCUUCGGAUCGGUACGACCAGGUCGAUGCGACCUAAUUGCGCUGGAGCUUAUCGCAUCGAUCGUGCAAUUGGCAGACGAUCUCUCGCCCGACAUCUAUUUUCAGAGUGACGACAGUCCUGCUCCGAACAUUUUCGAGCGAUCAUUGGAUCCGUACCUUCAGUGGACCACGUGCUUGGAGGAACCUAGGGACGAGGAUACCCUACCAUCGCGGCAGGAGUAUGUGAAGCCGUACGAGAUCAUCCCUCACGCCUUCUAUCCGAGGGAAGACGAAGUGGUGAUCGACGACGACGAAGAAGAAGACGACAAGGACGAGGAAACAUCGGAAGAGGGAAGCUAUAGUGAACAUAGCGAGGGCGAGCUGAGCGAAGGAGAAGAGGAGGAAGAUCCGGGAGCGGCGCGAAAGCGCGAAGAAAUUGCCACCAGGAAGUGCCAGCUGGAGUUCGCCAGCGAAGUUAGCCUGCACGUCGGUAGCGAUCCGACCAGGGAUCCUGAGCCGUCGAAGCCCAAAGAUGGCGACCCUGCAGCCGCCACAUCAAGUACCACGCAACGGAAACGGAGCCGAUCCCCCUCCUCCUCCAGCCCCACCCAUCCCCUAGUUCGCCCACGUACCGAUGCGGGCGAUAGGCAUUCGUCCUCGGAUGCUGUCCCGCCGACCCCGUGACUUCCUCACCCUUGAGCAGAUUCGUACCCCCGUCACCUUCCCUUCCCAUCCUUUCCAUCCCCAUCUCUUCCGCGAUUUCUAUUCUACC